AUGACAGGAGAGAUGGUCCCCUCCUGGUACUGGUGUGUGCAGAGUGUGCUUGUGGUGACAGUGGCCAUUGGGAGCUACUUGCACUGUUGUUGGGCAGCAUUUGUUUUUGACGACAACGAAGCGAUACUCACCAACAAAGAUAUUCUAACAGACACUCCACUAGUCAGUGUAUUCAGUAAUGACUUCUGGGGGACAAGUGUGUUGAGCAACACUAGUCACAAGUCAUAUCGACCUCUCACUGUGAUCACAUUCCGUAUCAACUACUGGAUGGGAGGACUGGAUCCGUGGGGCUACCAUCUGACUAACCUAGUCUUGCAUGCCCUGGUGUGCUUGUUGUUCCUGCGUGUGUGUGCGUGUGUGUGGGAGGACAUGAGAUUGCCUAAUGGAAGGAAGACUAGUGCAGUAUCCGCUAACAAUGAGAGCUGGUGGUCUGUGCUGUUUGCAGCUCUGCUGUUCUCAUGUCAUCCAGUACACACUGAGACAGUAGCUGGUGUCGUGGGUAGAGCUGAGUUGACCUCUGCACUCUGCUUCUUCCUAGCGCUCUUAGUCCAUCGUCACACUUGUUCCUCAGCUGGAUCUGUAACUAGACAGGUUCUACUGUUGCUAUUGACUACUGCCCUGGCUGGUGUUGCAAUGCUCUUCAAGGAGCAAGGAAUCACAAUCAUUGGCGUGUGUGUGGUGUAUGACCUCGUGAUGAUGGGACUAGAUCCAAGGCAACUACUGCAACUGAAAUACCCUGGCCACACUAGGAGGGAAUGGAGGCACUCCAUCACGAGGUGCUCCACUCUGCUAGUGGCUGGUCUGCUAAUGACUGGACUGAGGAUGCUCACUGGAGCUCCCACCUUUCAGCCAUCAGAUAAUCCAGCCUCCUUCCAUAACUCUACCCUCACAAGGGUGCUCAACUACAGUUACCUGUAUUCACUCAACUCAUGGCUACUGCUGCACCCGUGGUGGCUGUGCUUUGAUUGGUCGAUGGAUUGUGUGUCACUCAUCACCUCACUGUAUGACGUGAGACUGGUCGCCGUGGCAACCUUCUGGGGGGUCCUCCUGAGUCUAGUGCUGUAUUGUGUGUUUGGGAAACCAUCAGCCAUCAAAAGGCUGACCACCAUUGCUCUAGCUCUACUAGUGACCCCAUUCUUACCUGCCUCUAACCUGCUACUCAACGUUGGUUUUGUGUUGGCUGAGAGAGUGUUGUAUCUGCCCAGUGCUGGCUAUUGUAUCCUCGUCUCCAUGGGAACCACCGUGCUCAGCAAGCACUUCGGAAAGAAGAUGUGUGUGCUCAUGUCCUCACUGGUGGUACUUGUGUUCAUGCUGCAAUCAAUGAAGAGGACGACUGAGUGGCAGUCAGAAGAGUUAUUAUUCACUUCAGGAAUCAGAGUGUGCCCUCACAAUGCUAAGGUAUUGUACAACAUAGGCAAGGUUAGUGUGGACAGUGGAGACACUGUCAUGGCAGAGGCUGCUUACACUGAGGCCAUUCGGCUCCACUCAGAGUAUGAUCAAGCUCUGAAUAACUAUGGCAACCUAUUGAAGGACAGUGGGAGGUACAGUGAAGCAGAGGACACACUCAGACUAGCCGUGGCAGCAAGUCCCAAGUUUGCAGCAGCCUGGAUGAACCUGGGAAUAGUACAAGCAGCACAGAAUAAAACACAGGAAGCUGAGGUUAGUUACAUGACUGCUAUCCAGCACAGACGCAAGUAUCCAGAUGCCUACUAUAACCUUGGCAACAUGUACAUUGACACAGGGCGGCCAGACAGGGCGGUGGCUGCCUUCAGAGAAGCCAUACGCCUGCAGAGUGACCAUAGACUCUCGUGGGGCAACCUGGCCCUUCUGUAUGAGAACAUGGAGCUGUACGAGGAGGCGGAGAAGGUGUUGAGGGAAGCAAUAUCAGUGGUGCCAGACCACACCCACUUCUACUACUCCCUGGGCGUUGUCAUGGGCAGGGUUAAUAGGUUCAAGGAAGGGGAGGAGUUGUUGUUGAAGGCCCUGGAGAUGAAACCUGACUCAGCAAAAUACCACACCAACCUAGGUGUCAUCUAUCAUUUACAGAAGGAUUACUUCCUCGCCAAGCACCACUACCAGAGGUCACUGGACCUUGACCCCACCAUGCACACUGCUAGAGACAACCUCAACAAGCUCAUGAGAACUAAUCAUGAUCAGUAGUUAGUGUUAUAGGCUGGCUGGCAAUGUUCAUGUUGUUCAUGUCGUUAUUAACCGUAUCACUUGUUCAUUAUUGUCAUAACCAACAUCCUGCUAUACAUGUAUACCGUUUAAUUUACUCGAGUAUAAUUAUUAUUAUUA